UCCUGCUCGCUGUAUCCAUCCUAGUUGUUGUUUUACAAAGACAAAAGUACUGCUACCGGUGGCCUAGUACACACGCCUGCAUUGUUACAGUCACCCUUUUGAGUUUUCUCACCAGUGCAUCAUCCUCCUCUUCUUCGUCCCCCACCUGGAGAGAUAAUGGGAGGAGCCUCAGGUUAUGGUAAAUGAUUCAACACCAGAGCGGCUGAGAUUGACAGGAAGAGAGACUGGGAGAAAGAAGAAAAGAGAGAGCGAGCGAGCAAAAGGGAAACAGAUAAAAAGCAGAAGACGAGGCAUGUCGGCUGAGAAGGUAUCGCAGCGGCACACGUGAAGAAAGUGGAAGAAGGUCUUACAAAACUUCGACUAAACCAAUGCGGCCUCUAUGAGGUGGCCGGCCCCUCGUACUUUCUCCUGAUCUCACAAACGACCCACAGUGAUGGAGAAACAAAUGGAGGAGCUCAGGCAGCAGCUGGAGAAACAGUGUCUCAUCAACCAGGAGCUGCAGAGGCAAAACAAAGACUUGGAGCAACGUCUGCAGGAGAAAGAGAAACUUCUACAGGAGCUCCACGGUCAAUAUCACAACCUCGAGUUCCCGCCACAGGACGCCAAUGAGGUCCAACCAGAGUUUAGGAAGAGUCGCGCUGCUGUCAUCGCAUCCGAGCCAAUCCCAGAGACGGUGGAUAUCAGGAAGUCCAGGGUGAAGAAAACUGUCAGUGAGACCGGUUUGAUUGUCAAAGCCAUCCAGAAAAACGACUUCCUGAGUCGCCUGGACGACGAACAAAUAGCCAUGAUGGUGGAUCUUCUGGAGACGAGCAACAUCAGCCGUGGUUCUGAAGUCAUCCAAGAAGGCUGUGAAGGGGACAGCAUGUACAUAGUCGCAGCCGGCGAGCUCCUUGUCACACAGUCAGGUCGCAACCUGCGGACUCUAACCAGCGGUGACGUCUUUGGAGAGCUGGCCAUCCUUUACAACUGCAAACGAACAGCCACAGUGAAAGCCAAGACGGAAGUGCGUUUGUGGUGCAUGGAGAGACAGACCUACAGGACCAUCAUCACCAACAAAUCCAAGAAGAAACGAGAGCAGCUCAUGGGAUUCUUGAAAACGUCUCGUACUCUGAAGGACCUGAAUGACGUCCAGCUGUCCAAAAUCAUUGACUCCAUGGAAGAGGUGAAGUACCAGGACAAAGAUGUCAUCGUUCGAGAGGGAGCGGAAGGCAACACGUUCUACAUUAUCCUGAAAGGAGAGGUCCUGGUGACUAAGAACGUGAACGGGCAUCAGAAACAGAUUCGUAGGAUGGGGAAGGGGGAGCAUUUCGGGGAACAGGCCCUUAUACGUGAAGUGUUAAGAACAGCCACUUGCGCCGCUGACGGCCCUGUGACAUGCUUCUCCAUCGACAAGGAGGUGUUUGAAGAAACGAUCCCAGUGGAGCACUUGGAGCUGUUUGAUGACUCCAAGAUGCUCCAGGAGGCACAAGCUCCAGUAAAGUCAAGUCCCAGCUCCACCCUGAAGUUUAAGGACCUGGUUCCUGUCCUGUACCAGGAGGGUCGCUAUCAAGGAGAUCCGGUCACCCUCGGAGUUGGAGGCUUUGGCCGUGUAGAACUGAUGACCACAUUGAAUCAUGGAAGAUAUUACGCCAUAAAGAGAGUCAGCAAGAAGCACAUUGUUGCCAAGAGGCAAGAGGAGCACAUGUUGUUUGAGAAGAAGAUCCUUAAGGCCGUCCAGUGCGACUUCAUUGUCAGACUUCAUGCAGCCUUCAAGGACACACGUUACAUCUACAUGGUGAUGGAGUUUUGUGGAGGUGGAGAAAUCUGGACCAAACUUAAAGAAGUAGGGCGUUUUGACGAGCAGAUUGCCAUCUUCUGCACCUCAUGCGUAGUGGAGGCCUACGCCUACCUCCAUAAGAAGAACAUCAUGUACCGAGACCUGAAGCCGGAGAACCUGAUGUUAGACGUACGUGGCUAUGUCAAACUGGUGGACUUUGGUUUUGCCAAAGAGUUAGUACGUGGGGAGAAGACGUACUCUUUUGUUGGUACUCCUGAAUACAUGGCGCCAGAGAUCAUCAAGAAUCAGGGACAUGACUUUGCUGUUGACUUUUGGUCGCUUGGCAUUCUCAUUUACGAGCUCCUGGUGGGAAGCCCUCCCUUUUCGAGCUCAGAGCCACAAAAGAUAUAUGCCAAGAUUCUGGAUGGGGUUCUGAAUUAUCCUCCAUACUUAAGUGAAGCAGCCAAGUCCAUCAUUAGUAAGCUCUGCAGACCACGGCCAGGUCAGAGGUUAGGAAACACCAAAAACGGCAUUAAAGACGUUCGACAUCAUCGGUGGUUUAGUAACAUGAACUGGCACAAGCUGCGUAUGGCUCAAAUCGACGCUCCCACUGUUCGCCUCAUACGAAAGGGCCCCUGCUACAUCAAUUUCGAUCGCUUCCCUCAGGAUCAGACCAAGGCAGACGAGGAGUUCUCCGGCUGGGACCGUGACUUCUAACCUGUAAAAGGUCACCGCAUUGCAUUAUUUACCAUUUCCGGCAACAAAAAUAAGGUGACAAAACCCAACGGUGCUGAAAGCCAACUCAGGAAAACGCAAAAAAUAGUAAUAUUUGUUUGUUUUUUUAAUUAUUAGGCCCUGAAAUAGUGUCAAAUUCAAAACAACUCACCCGUACAAAAGCCAAAUAUUUAUAUAUGUAAGACACACUUACAGAAAAGAGUAGGAGAUGACAGCUUUUGCUGCAUGCUUUGAAUGGGAAAGAGUUGCGCCAUCUGGUGGACAAAUAGUGUAUAAAAUUGAAAACCAGUUGUUUUUGUCAUGAGGGUUUACAUGACUUACACGACUAAUAUAUUUGAAAAAUUAAGAAGGAAAUAACACAACCCUUGAUAUGGUUAACUUGCCUUAUAUCAUGUUCCGCAUAACUGUUUGGACUUUCUUCUUCUGCCAUUAUUUCUUGUUUGGUGCUUUUAUUUUGUUACGUCUCCUGUUUGGGUUGAAUGCAGUACCUUUACACUAGUUAGAGGGAGCUGGGGAGCACACCCAUGUUCGGGGUAACAUUAAACCAUAUCCUCGCAAAACAUGACACCUUCUCUUCCAAAUGACUGUAAAAUGCUGGAAAAUUUGUUUUAUUUCUAUCGUCCUUGCUGUUUUAUGUACAGAUUACCCCCCCCCCCGAUAUUAAUGAAGGUAUACUAAAAGUUUGUAUAUGAGUCAGUAAAAAUGUAUUCUUAUAUCCUUGUGUUGCUUUUGUGAUUUUAUUUGUAUUACUUCCACUUUUCAUUGCAUAAAAGAAAAAUAUCCCCCAUCCAGACUUUAGAGACUCACCCUUAAAAGUGUCAUUUUUUUAAAUCUCUAAGGCUUGAUCAGUCACAUUUACGACUUUGCCCAUACUAAACGUACAAGACAUGUUACUGUGCACGCCAUCACUAUUUCCCCCCAAAGCAUGGGUAAAAAGGUCAGGGUGUCAUUCAUCCUCUCAGCAGGGGGAGGGGGGGAUAUAAUUUCUGCUGCCAUUCUGCACAUGACAGGAAAAAGGCUAUUAUAAUUAGCAAAAGGUCAGAGUUGAAAUAAACCACUUUGGAUUUAGGUUACAAAUUUCAGUCUGAUUCCAUAGGUCAU